CAUCCCAGGGCUCAUGACCUGGCCCUGGGGCUUGUGGCUUCAUCCCAGGGCUCCUAAUUUUGUCCUGGGGCUCCUGAUUUCAUCCUGGACUGUCUGGCUGGUCCUGGGACUCACUGCUUGAUCCCAGGCCUGUCUGCCUCAUCCUGGGACUCCUCACUUCAUCUCAGGGCUCACCACUUCAUUCUGGGACUGACUACUCAUUCUGGGGCUCACGGCCUCGUUCUAGGGCUCCUCACCUUGUCCUGGGGCUCACCGCUUCAUCCUGGGACUGGCCACCUGGUCCCAGGGCUCAUGGCCCGGGCCUAGGGCUGGCUACCUAGUUCUGGGUCUCCUCAUGUCACUCUGGGGCUCGCUACUUCAUCCCAGGGCACACCUCCUUAUCCCUGCUCCCUUUGACUGCUCGUUUUUCUCUCCGCAGAAAAGCACCGAGGAUUUGCCUUCAUUGAAUUUGAGCUGGCAGAGGAUGCUGCAGCAGCUAUUGACAACAUGAAUGAAUCUGAGCUCUUCGGCAGGACAAUCCGUGUGAACCUGGCCAAACCAAUGCGGAUUAAAGAAGGAUCAUCAAGGCCUGUCUGGUCGGAUGACGACUGGCUGAAGAAGUUUUCGGGGAAGACUCUGGAGGAGAACACAGAGGAGGGGGCAGCAGAGGCCCCCAAACCAGAAACACAGGAGGGUGAACCUCCUGCUAAGAAAUCCCGGGCCAACCCUCAGGUUUACAUGGACAUCAAGAUUGGCAACAAACCUGCUGGGCGGCUCCAGAUCCUGCUGCGCUCGGAUGUGGUACCCAUGACCGUAGAGAAUUUCCGCUGCCUCUGCACCCAUGAGAAAGGCUUCGGCUUCAAAGGGAGCAGCUUCCACCGCAUCAUCCCCCAGUUCAUGUGUCAAGCUGGAGACUUCACCAACCACAACGGCACUGGAGGCAAAUCCAUCUACGGGAAGAAGUUUGACGACGAGAACUUCAUUCUGAAACACACAGGUCCAGGGCUGUUAUCGAUGGCAAACUCUGGUCCAAACACCAACGGCUCCCAGUUCUUCAUCACAUGCGAUAAAACAGAUUGGCUGGACGGGAAGCACGUGGUGUUCGGCGAGGUGACGGAGGGCAUGGAUGUGGUGCGGCAGAUCGAGGCUCAAGGUACCAAAGAUGGGAAACCGAAGCAGAAAGUGAUCAUCUCAGACUGCGGGGAGUAUGCGUGACGUUGGCUGGUGGAGGAGGCUGGAUGAGGUGGCUGUCUCCAGCCUGGCCUGGAGGGGCUGGAGAACUAUCUGGAUCGGGAAGGACCUGUGACCCGCUUCCAAAGCUCAACUCCUGCGAUAUCCAUAGAAAUCACCAUGCAAAGCUUGGCAUGACUGCUCCAGCCUGCAUGCGAGGUGGGGGAUUACCUCGAGAGGAAAGCAGCCCAUCUCAGAAAACAUCGCAUCUGAGCCUGUGACAUCUCCCAAGCCAGGCAGGACCAGUUCAGCUGGUGUGUUUGGUACAGACUUUCUACUUGAUGAAAAUAAAACCUAGUUUUAAAAAUAUU